AAACUGUACCUGGCGUCCAAAACAUCCCUCCCAAGUCACCCCUCACCCCCUAAAUCUCUGAUGGAUCAGAGGACUCAGGGGGGGCCUGCUACUCCACCCCCCCUCCCCACCACUGCUCCCCCAGGGGAGCGAGAGAAGGAAGGAGGAGGUGGGAAGAAAGAUGCAGAGGAGAAGAAGAAGGAGAGAGAGGGGUCGCAGACGGACUCCUCUUCUGCUGCAGGUGGAGGAGGGGGCUCCGGUGAGCAGCAGCCACCCCAGUUCUCUGUCAAAGAGACUAGCCUCCAUGAGGGCAACGUCAAACUCAAGAUCGGCCUGCAGGCAAAACGUAUGAAGAAGCCACCCAAGAUUCUGGAGAACUACGUGUGUCGGCCGGCCUUUAGGGCCACCGUGAGACCCAGCGGGCGCGGAGGUGGCCGGGGGAACCGCGUAGGAGUAGGGACAGGCGACGGGGGCAACCAGACCCAGAGCCCACCACACGGCAGAGAGAGAGAGCAGAGUCCUGGCAUGAACCGACCCACCCCACCGUCUUCAUCUCCCUCUGCUGUUGCUGCGCCUACUCCUCCUCCACCUGUUCCUGCUCGUUCUACCACUUCACCCAUUCCAGUGAAUGGGAUUACUCCAGCUAAACGGGUAAGCAAGGCAAGCAUGUAUUAUGCUAGGACUUUGAUCAAAAAAACAUAUCCCUGUCAAACAAGGAAGCCUAACUAAAGAGACUAUUAGGAAUUGCACAAGACGUGUCUUGCUUUGGACUGUGCCAAAAAGAGGCAACGCAAUACUGACAGCCAGUUCACACAUAUGAUAACAUUUCCAUUUCUUCCAACACUGUUUCACUGGUUUGAAUUCACAAAUUAUAUUUGUUACUUGUAAAGCCGAUUUGCUUCAUAUUUUAAACAAUAAUCUCAGUUUCUUUGUCUGUAUUCUCUUUGUGUCCCAUUCUGGCUUGUCUCCCCUUCCAAUCGAUCCCUGCUCCUCUCCUCUGCUCUCCUCUGCUCUGUCCCAAAUACAUUUUGAGUUUAGAGCAGGGCUCUCCAACCCUGUUCCUGGAGAGCUAUCCUCCUGUAGAUUUUUGAUCCAACCUCCGCUAUAACUAACAUGAUUCAACUUAUCAACCAGCUAAUUAUUAGAAUGAAGUGUGCUAGAUUAGGGUUAGAGUGAAAUCCUUUAGGACGGUAGCUCUCUAGGAACAGGGUUGGAGAGCCCUGGUCUAGAGGAUCUUCCCCUCUGGGCAGAACUGGGAAGCAGUAGUGGACAGGAAAUCCCAUCAAUGAACUACAGUUUACAUAGGGAUAAACAAAACCUGAUUGGAUUCCAUCUAGACCGUCUAGGUUGCCUUAUUGACAGGGUUGUGCUUUAAGCCUGCUUUAUGUGGUUGUCAAAUGCUUCUUUCUGAGCUUAAUUUUUUCAAUUAUGUUUUCUGUUCUAGAUAAUUACCAGAAAGCAUUGCCUGGGUUUGGAUGCAUAUCAGAAGAUUACAAAUAGUUCAACAUUUUUAAUUUUUUUUUAAUUUUUAGUGAAACACAACGAUACCUUUCUGGGAACUACCUUUCUGUGAAAUGGGUUGGCCUUAUAAUUCUGCAAGAAAUGGCAUUAGAUUUUAAUAUUUGUAUUCUCUUUUCGCAGGGUCUUCCAAAACUGGCCUGCAAGUCGGACAAAUCUGAGGCGAAGUCGGACGGGAAAUCCGCAGCCUCUAUGGAGAGACCCCUGAAUCUUCACCGUCCUUUGGCAGACGGCAAAACGCACCAUGCCUCUGGGAAGAAGACGCCCACGCCCCAAACCAAGUCUCCGACCUCCUCGCCCUCCCCUCCUGCGCCCCCAUCACCGGAACCCAGCGUGGAAGCCGCUACCAAACCUCCUGGGUACACUUACAGCAGUGAGGGUCUGAGGGAGAAGGACCGGGGCGUUCCUAGUUGGGGCGCUCCUACUGUCACUGAGAAACUAGCGCAACUCAUCGCCACCUGCCCUCCCUCAAAAUCCACCAAAGUGAAACCCCCCAAAAUAACUCCCUCUCUCACCACCCACACCACUUCUAAUUUUAUGGCCCCCACCCCUAAGCAGCGAGACCGCGCUAUGGCCAACAGGGCGACCUAUUCUAGAGCGGUCCACUUAGCUCCACCCACUCCCGUCUCACGCCCUCCUGGCCGCCCCUAUGGCUCCCGGAACAAUAAAGACAGUGUUCUGGAGAAGUCAUCCACCCCGCCUGGGAAAGAGGAGGCAGAUGGGGCCAGCAAGUCUGGCAACAACAGCAACAGCAGUCGCAGCAGCAGUCCCGCACUAACUUAUGGCGGCGGCAACAACCGCCUGGCAACAACUUCAAAGGACAACAACAACGACAGCAACAGUAAUGGCGCGAAGCCGCUACAGUCACGUCUCACUCACUGCCCACUGCCCCACUCUGCCUCCUCCUCUUCCUCCUCACCACCUCGUUUGUCAUCCUGCUCCUCUUCAGAGAAGAGGACAGGGAGCGUGCCAAGUCGCCAGGGCUCCCCUGCCUCUCAAGGACACCACUCCCGAGACCGAGACAUUCCCUCCCAGGCAGAGGAGAGGGAGAGCAGUGAGAGGGAGCAGGAGCGUGACCGGAACGGCCCCAGAGACUUAACCAAAUGCUCCCUUCCUUCAGCAUCAGGCAAGCAGGAGGCCAAGGACAAGGGGGCUAAUCAGUCACUCAGAGGGGAGAGAAGCAAGAGCUCGAGCCCCAGUAAACGCAGUCCCAACCCCAUUAAACGCAGUCCCAACCCCAGUAAACGCAGUCCCAACAGGGAAAGGGACGGUCACACCAGCGGUACCUCCAGUCCCCCGGAGUCUGUGAGACAGACUGCCUCGCCGCCAGAGCCCGCCGGCGACCAUUCACCCCCUCCUCUCAGAGACGAGUCCCCUGGAGACGAGUCACCGGGCUCUCCCCCAGAGCAGGAGAACAAACCCCUGAAGAAGCGGCGAGGCAGAAAGCCCCGCUGGACCAGAGUAGGGAACCGGACACAGAGGGCGGGCCAGGGCAGCCCCGUUGACCAGUGCGAAACCAUCAUGCCUUUAUCCUCCUCAGGCCUUGAUACUCCCCCGCCCAUACGCAGGCCUGUAGGACGGCCUCCUAACCCCAAUAAGGUCAAGCCUCCCGCCGUGUCUCAACUCUUUCCUCAGCCAGCCAGGAAAAGGGGACGUCCCAAGUCUAAAAUGCCCAGGCUGGACGCCCCCACUCGGGGACGUCCCCCUCACAAACUGGCACCCUCUAAGGUAUUUUCUUUACACAAGUCGAAAGAGGAGCAGGACCCCCCUGUUCUCCACCCAGAGGUAGAUCUUAAUCCUCCCAAACCUAUGCCCAGGAAGCGGGGACGACCCAAACGCCUGCCCCCUACCUUGCCGCAGGAGGGUCAGCCCCCCACUCUGGCACCGGAAGCGGGGGACGGGAAACAGUUCCGGACCAAGGGCAACGGGCAGCUCAUCAUGAAGACCAUCAUAGGCAAGAUCAAUAAGAUGAAGAGUGUCAAACGCAAACGGUUCCUCAGCCAGAUCCUGUUAGGACCAGGGUCUGGACCAGAGCAGGAGCCCCCCAGAGGAACUGCCAGUGGGGUGGUGGGCCAGGUAGCAGCUGCAACCCAGUCUCUAUCCUCCUUGGCUGCGUCUUUUGGAGGCAAACUGGGACCCCAGAUUAACGUAAGCAAAAAGGGGACGAUAUACAUGGGGAAAAGGAGGGGGCGCAAACCUAAAGCGCCAAUAAAUCCCUCUUUGGCAGCUCCAACACCACCCCCUGAGGGACCUUUCCUGUCCCCAAACACCACGUCGCCCCUCCACCACCAUCAGUCCCAGUCUCAGCAGCAGCACCAGCUCCCGUCCGCCGAGGUGUUCCCCUCCCCCUCGCUCUCCCAGUCCAGCGGAGGCCAGAGCCCCAUCAGUGACGCCUGCUUUGUGGCGCCGGGGGCAGUGCACUUCCUGACGCACCCGCACUUCCACAGCCACGGCCACCACUCGUUCCCCUUCCCUCCCCCGACGUUCUCAGCCCCCUCCCCUCGCACUCUGGGCCCUCUGGGCUCAUCGGCUGCUGUGGCCUCCCAGAAGAAGUCGUGCCGUGGCUACCAUCACCACCACCACCAUUACAGGCAGCACUACCACUACCGUAAGUUAUCCCCUCCUAGGCCCCUCCACCCCACCUCCCCUGCACCUCUGAGUGAGCUGAAGGAAGCCACCCCCUCGCCCGUCAGUGAGUCUCACAGUGAGGAGACUGUACCCAGCGACAGCGGCAUAGGAACAGACAACAACAGCACUUCUGACCGGGGGGAGAAGGCCGGAGGGGCAAGUGGCCUGGGCAAUGCGGGGAUGCCACCUGGGAUGGCCAGCGGACUGCUAAUGCCAGGGGUGAUGGGCUCAGCCGUGGGGGUAGGGGUUGGGCUAAACCCUCGCGGUGGACUAAGACACUCGUCCUCAAUGCUGCUGGAGCAUCCCUCGCCCUCUCCGUCACCACUGGGGGCGAGGUCCUCACCAGACCCCCGCAGGCCCCACCCGGCGGCCCCUCCCUCUGCACUAGUGGGCCACAAAGAGAAACACAAGCACAAAUGCAAGCGCCGGAGCCACGGCUGCCCGGGCUACGACAAGCUAAAGAGGCAGAAGCGUAAACGCAAGAAGAAGUUCCUGCAGCUGCGCUCCCGGCGCCAGGACCCUGACUUUCUGGCCGAGCUGGAUGAGAUUGUGGUGAGGCUGAGUGAGAUCCGGAUAGCGCACCGCACCCCUGCGCUCAGACUGGGCAGUGGGCUGGGGAUGCCCCCAGGAGCUGCAGGGGCGGGCAGAGUACCAGGGGUGGGUGGCAGGGCCGCUGGGGCAAUAGGAGGCGCUGGUGGCCCCCCUCCGCAUCACUACCUACACAGAGACCUGCUUCCCACCAUCUUCAGGAUAAACUUCAGUGGCUACUACUCCCCCCACCCCUCAUACCCCUGUGACUCUCUGCACUACGUCCGCAAGCCAGACCUGAAGAAGAAACGCGGGCGCCCUCCCAAGCUGCGGGAGUCCAUGUCAGACGUACCAUUCGUUCAUGGGCUGGGGUUCCCUCUAUCUAGCGGUGGGUUCUACCACCCGUCCUACGGUGUUCCAUACUCCUCAGGUCCCCUUGGUCUGGGCUACUACAGAGGAUACCCCCCAGCCAGUGCCCUGUACCCCCACCCCCAUCACCAGAACCCCCACUCUGCCCCAUCUCACCACUCCCAUCACUCCCCCUCCUUCCCCCCACCACCUCCCCCCUCCUACGUGCACCACCACCACCCGUCACACCUCCUGCUCAACCCCUCCAAAUUUCACAAGAAGAAACACAAGCUGCUGAGACAGGAGUUCCUGGGUGGGGGCCGGUCUCCCGUACUCUACCCGGCCAUGUCCUCAGAGCUGUCGUUCGGCUGGCAUCACAAACACAAACACAGACACAAACACCGAGAUCGCUGUGCCGAGGAGGACGGGGAAGAGGGAGGAGGAGAGAGCCGAGGCGGAGCGGGAAUUUCAGAGAGCCCGGGGUCAGGAAGGGGAGAACGCGGAGCCAGCGGGGCCGGAAUGGCCGAAUCUCUGCAGCGCUGCCGCUUUGGAAGAGACUCCACCCCUACUACCACCAGUGCCAACAAACAAGCCACGGCCACCUCAGCCAACUCCCCUUCCUCGUCCUCCUCUUCCUCAGCCGAGAGGUACAAGCGCAAGGAGACAUCCCUGUCCUGCCUGGGGCCCUCUCGCCUGGCCCAGGGCAGUGCCGGGCCCCGGGGCCACCAACCCGUAGAGUCCUGGUUCAGGAUGGGCAGCUCCGAGGCAGACUACGCUAAGCUCUCACGGAACCCCGCUGGGGCCAGCCAGGGCCCGUUCACAGAUGGCCAGGGAGAAGACCCGGCGGGCUGCUCAGACAGCGAGGAGGAAGACGAGGAACCCAUCACGCCCACAGACAAGACGGAUCCCAACUCCCAGGACCCCCCGCACCACACCAACCUGUUCGCCACCGCCCUGACCCGUACCUUGCUGAGAGGAGGCCGAGGCAGGAAGGGAGGGGCGGCAGAGAGUUCUAACUUCACCCGGAUGGAGCGGACGCUGAGAAAGGAGCACUCCUCGUCAGCAGAGAGGAGAGAGACGGGUGAGUCAUUGUGACAGGGCUUUCUGUUAAAGAGAGUGAGAUGCUGAAAUACAGUGAGCUCAAAGUGUUGGGACAGUGAAAAUGUUUUGUUUGUUUUGGCUCUGUACUCCAGCACUUUGGAUUUGAAAUUCUACAAUGACUAAAGGUUAAAGUGGUUAAAGUGCAGACUGUCAGCUUAAUUUAGGAACUUGUUGGAUGCUUUUGCUGUUUGUUUUGGUUGUUUCAGAUUAUUUUGUGCCCAAUGGAAAUGAAUGGUAAAUUUUAUAACUUUCUCACUCAUCAUUAUUCAUUCAGGAUUAUCCUUCAUGGUAGCGUCCACAUUAAUGUAGAAGUGUUUAGAAACCUUAUUCUUAUUUACACUGAACAAAAAUAUAAACGCAACAUGUAAAGUGUUAGUUUCAUGAGCUGAAAUAAAAAAUCCCAGACAUUUUCCACACGCACAGAAAGCUUAGUUAUCUCAAAUAUUUUGCACUAAUUUGUUUACAUCCCUUUUAGUGAGCAUUUUUCCUUUGCGAAGAUAGUCCAUCCACCUGACAGGUGUGGCAUAUCAAGAAGCUGAUUAAACAGCAUGAUCAUUACACAGGUGCACCUUGUGCUGGGGACAAUAAAAGGCCACUCUAAAAUGUGCAGUUUUGUCACAACACAAUGCCACAGAUGUCUCAAGUUUUGAGGGAGCGUGCAAUUGGCAUGCUGACUGCAGGAAUGCCUACCAGAGCUGUUGCCAGAGAACUGAAUGUUAAUUUCUCUACCUUAAGCCACCUCCAACGUCGUUUUAGAGAAUUUGGCAGUCCUUCCAACCGACCUCACAACCGCAGACCACGUGUAAGCACGCCAGCCCAGGACCGCCAUAUCCGUGUUCUUCACCUGCGGGAUCGUUGGGGGUUGGGGGGGGUUCUGUCUGUAAUAAAGCCCUUUUGUGGGCGAAAACUAAUUCUGAUUGGCUGGGCCUGGUUCCCCAGUGGGUUGACCUGGCUACCAAGUGGGUAGGCCUAUGCCCGCCAAGGACCACCCAUGGCUGCAACCCUGCCCAAUUAUGUGAAGAUCAUCCAUAGAUUAGGGCCUAAUGAUUUUUUUUCAAUUGACUUAUUUCCUUAUAUGAAAUUGUGGCAUGUUGCGUUUUAUAUUUGUUCAGUAUUCAUUAAAAGCGACUUCAAAAUGACACAAUACAUUAUUUACCAUUCAUUUCUAUUGGGCACAAAAUAAUCUGAAACACAACCAAAACAAAUGUAAUCAUUGGGUGCCAGAAAUAUGGGACCAAAUACUACACUUUUGACUAAUUUAAUACACAUAUAAGUGAAUUUGUCCCAAUACUUUUGGUCCCCUAAAAUGGGGGGACUAUGUACAAAAACUGCUGUCAUUUCUAAACGGUUCACCCGAUAUGGAUGAAAAUUAAAGCUGACAGUCUGCACUUUUAUCCUCAGUCAUAGUAUCAUUUCAUUCCAAAGUGCUGUAUUACAGAGCCAAAACAACAAAACAUUUGUCACUGUCCCAAUAUGUUUGGAGCUCAUUGUAUAAUGUUAGCCUACAGUGUCAGUGUCUAGAGUCUGAGACUACAGUACCAGUGUCUUGCUGAAAUCUAGCGUAGCACAGUACUAGUGUGUGCAUCAUCAAAGUGAGGGAUUCUUCUGCAGUGUUUAGGCUAUUUGCAUUGAUGGAAAAUGACUUUUUUGAGAGCAUUCAAAAUCCCUGUGCUAUUUAUUGCUCCGAAUGUGAGUUCUGCACCAAAAUCUUUCUUUGUACUAAUUUUGGAAUUCAACCCAAAUUAAAUCUGACAUUGUGAAGGUUAUUCAAUUGUGCACCAAAUUUACUUCCAAAAAUAGUUAUGCUGCUAGUGCCUCAAGAAUUCAGGUUUCUGUUUUGAUUGGAUGAUGUCCGCUUAGCUUCAUUUCUUGGCAAUAAGUAGUGAAAUUGGCCUGGUAUGCAUAGUCAUGAGUGGCAGUAUUGAUUCCAGGGUUAUGUAUCCAUGCAGUGACCACUUUACAAAGCACCAUAUGGCAUAGUGAGCACUGAACACUAUGUGCAUCUCAAAUGGACCUUGUUAAAAGUAGUGCGCUGUAUAGGGAAUAGGGUGCCAUUUGGGACUCACAGUGUUCAGUGCUCACUAUGCCAUAUGGUGGUUUGUAAAGUGGUCACUGCAUGGAUACAUAACCCUGGAAUCAAUACUGCCACUCAUGGCUGUGCAUACCAGGCCAAUUUGAAGUUAUCUCUGCUGAAUCACAGUGUUCAAUGAAUCAUUAUAAACGGGGUGGUUCGAGCCCUGAAUGCUGAUUGGCAGAAAGCCAUGGUAUAUCAGACUGUAUACCACGGGUAGGACUAAAAAUUACUUUUUACUUUUCUAAUUACGUUGGUAACCAGUUUAUAAUAGCAAUAAGGCACCUCGGGGGUUUGUUGUAUAUGGUUGCGUUGUGCACAAGAACAGCCCUUAGCCGUGGUAUAUUGGCCAUAUACCCCACGCCCUCGUGCUUAACUACAGUACCAGUCAAAAGUUUGGCCACACCUCAUUCAAGGGUUUGUCAUUAUUUUUGUAGUAACCAAACAAGUGUUAAACAAAUCAAAAUAUAGGUUAUAUUUUAGACUCUUGGCAUUCUCUCAACCAUCUUCACCUGGAAUGCAGUCUUGAAGGAGUUCCCACAUAUGCUGAGCACUUGUUGGCUGCUUUUCAUUCACUCUGCCGUCUGACUCAUCCCAAACCAUCUUAAUUGGGUUGAGGUAGGGGGAUUGUGGAGGCCAGGUCAUCUGAUGCAGCACUCCAUCACUCUCCUUCUUGGUAAAAUAUCCCUUACACAGCCUGGAGGUGUGUUGGGUCAUUGUCCUGUUGAAAAACAUAUGGUAGUCCCACUAAGCCCAAACCAGAUGGGAUGGUGUAUCGCUGCAGAAUGCUGUGGUAGCCAUGCUGGUUAAGUGUGCCUUGAAUUCUAAAUAAAUCACAGACAGUGUCACCAGCAAAGCACCCCCACACCAUAACACCUCCUCCUCCAUGCUUUACUGUGGGAACCACACAUGAAGAGAUCAUCCGUUCACCUACACCGCGUCUCACAAAGACAUGGCAGUUGGAACUUUCCACCGGUCUAAUGUCCAUUGCUCGUGUUUCUAGGCCCAAGCAGGUCUCUUCUUUUUAUUGGUGACCUUUAGUAGUGGUUUCUUUGCAGAAAUUCGACCAUGAAGGCCUGACUCACACAGUCCCCUCUGAACAGUUGAUGUUGAGAUAUGUCUGUGACUUGAACUUUGUGAAGCAUUUAUUUGGUCUGAAAUUUCUGAGGCUGGUAACUCAAAUGAACUUAUCCUCUGCAGCAGAGGUAACUCUGGGUCUUCCAUUCCUGUGGCGGUCCUCAUGAGAGCCAGUUUCAUAGCGCUUGAUGUUUUUUGCGACUGCACUUAAAGAAACUUUCAAAGUUCUUGAAAUGUUCCGUAUUGACUGACCUUUCAUGUCUUAAAGUAAUGAUGGACUGUCAUUUCUCUUUGCUUAUUUGAACUGUUCUUGCCAUAAUAUGGACUUGGUCUUUUACCAAAUAUGUCUAUCUUCUGUAUACCUUGUCACAACACAACUGAUUGGCUGAAACGCAUUAAGAAGGAAAGAAAUUCCACACAUUACCUAUUAAGAAGGCACACCUGUUAAUUGAAAUGCAUUCCAGGUGACUACCUCAUGAAGCUGGUUGAGAGAAUGCCAAGAGUGAGCAAAGCUGUCAUCAAGGCAAAGGGUGGCUAUUUGAAGAAUCUCAAAUAUAAAAUAUAUUUGUUUAACACUUUUUUUGGUACUACAUGAUUGUUAUUUCAUAGUUUUGAUGUCUUCACUAUUAUUGUAAAAUAUACAAAAUAAAGAAAAACCCUUGAAUGAGUAGGUGUGUCCAAACUUUUGACUGGUACUGUAUGUCCUUUAGAAAUCCCUUGGAGGAACACAAUGCCAUCCCCUGUAUGUACAUCUGCCCUCCACCGGCCCUGACAUUAGAUAGCCCUAACCAGUGAUUAAGGGCUUGGCAGCAAAACCCCCAUAAUUACUUAAACUGGCCCUGCUUUUUGCGUGGUUGUCAUUGUAGCCUUGUAGGAUGUCCAGCGAGAUGUUCUAUUUCCAUAAGAAUAGUUGCCUCGCCGUGGUAGUAGAGCUGGACGUUUUGUUACAGGCUAUAUUUGGUAGGCUUCCUUCCCCAUCAAAAACUAUCAAACUGAAAGGCUGCGUCUGUCUUAGAUCCCUGUGUACACACUACACCUGCUCUCAGCUAAUAUAGAUGAACAGGGAAGACUGGGUGCUUUGGGUAACGAUUCAGCUUCAUCAAGCUGCCUGACUGAGAUAAGUGUGUGUGUACUCUGUGUGAGGAGGCCAGGCACGCUGGGUGGAAGGCUCCUGGUGAGGCAGCAUGGUGUAGUUUGAACCCAGCCAGGGUAAUCCAGGAUUAGAGCUCAGGACACAGGGUCGUCCUGCGGUCACAGACUACACUACCACCACCACCAUGGAGGUAGCCUAGUAGGCAGGGAGGCAGAGGGUGGAGGGUGGGAAGAACCACGCAGAGUGAACCAGAGGAGAGAAAAGAGUGGAGAGGCAGCAGGGGGGAUGGGGAGUGACACAGUCCCCCUUUACAUGUAGUAGGACCGUUCACUAAUGUGAGUGGACUAAAUGCAACACUUUAUGGCUUGAAAGGAAAAGCUGAAAAAGUAUGAAGUUAUUGUUCAUUACGUGACAUAGUAUUUCAGUUUGGUGAGGUGGGCUUAGCCUAUAUGUUUAUCUGUAAUGAACUGCAUUUUGGUGAGGGAAUUGGCAGUGGAUGUCAAUGGCAAAUGUAUUAUUUUCCUUUCAAUUUAAUAUUAAGCCUUGAUAAUUAUUAGACAGCAUUACAAGACCGACAGAGACAAGAUGUAGGCCUAACAGUGGAACUAAGCUAGGGCUUGGACUGGAUAAUAAAUACAAGUUCAUAAGUGUCACGUUGCAGCUUAUUCCUAUGUUCAUCAUCUAAUUCCCCCUCUUCUCUCUCUUUGUCUGUUUCUGUGCAGGCAGUACAUCAGGUGUCCAGACCCGAGCCGACCACUCUACCCCUGAGGACCACCUCAGGCAACACCACCACCACACUCCUCUGUUACACUCUUCCUCCUCCGCCUGCCUCUCUCACUGUGGCCACGACUCGCCAUCCCAGGGCUGCUGCCUGGACGAUGAUGCCUCCCCGCCGCACCACUCCCACCGGGCCCAGCCCUCCAAACACAGCCUGCACCAUGUCAACAAGAUCCUCCGCGCCAAGAAGCUCCAGAGACAGGCGAGGACAGGCAACAACGUGGUCAAGAAGAGGGGCCCCGGGCGCCCCAGGAAGUAUCCCCUGCCUUCCCCGCCCCCGUCGCCGCCCCCUCUGGCCGAAGUGACCCAGACCAGGCACCGGGACCGAGGAGGAGGAACGUGGAAGGGGGACACUGUGACGGACGCGAUCGAGUCGGUGGUCCAGGGCCAGUUCAGGAAAGGUCAGAAGAGGAAGCACUGGGAGAGAGACAGGGACGAGGAGGAUGAAGAGGAGGAGGAGGAAGGGGAGGAG